ACAAGUCCUCUUCCAAGGAUGUCACGACACCAGAUCCUCACAUUGAUAUCAAUGGCAUCUGUCAACUUCAGUUCAAUGAUCUGCUAUUCAAUAUUAGGGCCGUUUUUCCCAAAUGAGGCAUUAAAAAAAGGAGCCAGCCAGACUGUUGUCGGUCUCAUUUUUGGCUGCUAUGCAAUUUGCCACUUAAUUGGUUCAUUGAUUAUGGGGAAAUAUAUUGUCCAGAUUGGCACAAAAUUCAUGCUUAUUGCAGGCUUAUUUGUGUCAUCGGGCUGCACUAUUCUUUUCGGAUUACUCGACAGAGCGCCUGCAGGAAGGGUUUUUGUUACUCUCUGCUUUGUAAUCAGGUCGGUCGACGCUGUUGGUUUUGCUGGGGCGAUGACUUCCUCUUUUGCAGUGUCUGCAAAAGUAUUUCCAAACAAUAUAGCGACUGUUAUGGGCAGUUUGGAGAUUUUUGCGGGUCUGGGUCUUAUUCUGGGGCCACCGAUCGGAGGCUGGUUGUACCAGUCCUUUGGAUAUGAGAUCCCAUUUAUGGUUCUUGGAUGCUUACUUUUGAUUAUGGUCCCUUUCAACAUAUUUAUUUUACCCAGCUUUGAUGCCGAGCCCUCCAAGGACUCAUUCCUCCGACUGCUCAGGCAAGUGAAAAUCAUCCUUAUCUGCUUCGUCAUCUUCACCCUGAGUGCGGGACUUGGCUUUCUGGAUGCCACAUUGUCCAUAUUUGCUGUUGAAAAGUUUAAUCUGUCCUCUGGCUUUGUGGGACUCAUCCUUCUUGGUUUGUCAUUGCCUUACUGUCUGGCAUCACCGCUUCUUGGAUUUAUCACAGAUAAAUUUCCUGCUGCCAGGAGAUGGUUCAUAGUGCUCGGAGGCAUCGCCGCAGCGAUGGGAUUUUUUUUCAUUGGCCCUAUACCUAUUCUUCACAUCCAGAGUCAGCUGUGGAUGAUGGUCUUAAUGCUCAGCGUGAUCGGGUUUUCUCUAGGCAUGACUGCAAUCCCCACCUUUCCAGAGAUCCUCACCUGUGCAUAUGAACAAGGAUUCAGUGAGGGACUGAGUACUCUUGGAAUGGUGUCUGGAUUGUUUGGAGCAGUUUGGUCCCUCGGGAUGUUCUAUGGCCCGACUGUGGGCGGGCUCAUCACACAACAUCUGAGCUUUGAGUGGGCAGCUACAAUCCAAGGAGGCUUGGGGGGCUUUGCUGCUUUCCUUCUUGGUUUGCAUUAUCGCUGCCAAGGACCUCAACGGCCAAGAAUUGUUCAGGAAAAUGGGAUGCGACAUUCAGAUGAAACAACUCCUCUACUGGAAUAA